CAGUUGUUUUCUCCCUCCUUCCUUACUUCUCUGAGUUCUCUCUCUCUCUCUCUCUCUACGCGGCCGUUUCGAAAAAUCUCCACCUUGUUCGGUCCAACAGCAAAAAAAUCUCUCUUCGGAAUUGUUCCAAAAUCGUUGCUAGAUUUUCGAACAAUUCAAUCAAUCACAAUUUACACGUGAAUUUUGAACCUGUCACAUCCUCUCCAGUUUUCGCGUGAAUUUGAUUCUACCGAUCAAUGGUGCAAUUUAUCCCGCAUUGACGCAUUAAUUUGCGUAUGAAAGGGUUUUCUUGAGAUGGUAAUUGGGAGUAAUAAGAUGGAUGUGAUAUCUGAUAUGAAUAUACGUAUGAACCUAGAAGACGGGGUAAUGAGAGGAUCAAAUGGCAAUUUAGAAGAUAUUUUGCAGAACGAGCUUGAACUAAUGCUGCGAAAGCAGCAUAGUCGAAAUGCUAUCGAUCGGGAGAGGGAGAGAGAUUAUAACAUAUUGAGGAGUGGCAGUGCUCCUCCCACAGUUCAAGGGUCAUUAAGUGCAGUGGGCAGUCUGUUUAUGAAUCCAAAUCCUGCCGGAAUUGAUAGUAGCAGUAGCAAUGCCACUGAAAUAAUGACAGAAGAAGAAAUCCGGUCUCACCCCGCUUAUUUAUCAUACUACUAUUCAAAUGAAAAUCUUAACCCUAGGUUACCCCCACCAUUACUGUCACGAGAGGAUUGGCGAGUGGCCCAAAGGUUUCAAGCCUCAGGGGGUUCGUCAUUUGGGGCAACUGGGGACUGGACGAAGAAGAAUCUGAUCGAUAUCAGUGGAAGUUCGUCGUUAUUCUCAAUGCAGCCUAGCUUAUCUGUACAACAGGCAGAAGAUGAGUUGAUGGAACUGAGGAACGAUACUCCAAGGAAUCUCUCACGUCCGUCAUCCUCUGAGUGGCUAAAUAGAGGCUCCAAUUGUUCGGUUGGGUUGUCACAUACGGGAUUGGGAGGGAGGAGGAAGAGUUUUGCCGACAUUCUUCAGGAAGGUCUUGAGCGACCUUAUUCCUUAUCAGGUCAUCUCUCGCGCGCUGCAAGUCGUAAUUCAUUACAUUCAGCAGCAGUAUGUAAUGGAGUGGAAUCCACAGAGGCCUUGAAUCCUGGGGCAAAUAACACGGGCCUGCCUAGAGUUCAGAGCCUUGGCUCACUAGUUUCUCAUUCUUUUGCAUCUUCUGUGCCUUCGCCUCUAUCGAGGAGUAGAACUCCUGAACCUCAGCUGAUUGGAAGGUCCUCAAGUCCUGGUCUUCCUCCUGUGGGUGACAGAGUCGAAAAGAAGAAUCUUGUUGGCUCGAAUGCCCUCAAUGGUCAUUCUUCUAGCGUGACCAAGCUUUCUGAUAUUGCAUCUUCUUUAUCUAGCCUUAGCUUGUCAAGAAAUCAACCAAGUCAUGAAGACAGUCUUGUGCAGUCUCAACUCCAAAUGGUAUUUGAUAAUCCUAAUCAAUUGCUGGAUAUGUCAAAUAGUCACAUACAACAUCAACAUCAGCACUUUGUUACCAGGUCCAAACCUGAAAAGUUGAAUAUUCCUACCCCUUAUAAUGAUUCAAACGGGAGGAAUGGAAUUGUGAUAGACCAAAAUAUUUGUAAGCUUGGUUUUGAUGGGCAGAUGAACUGUCCCCAAACAUCGUCUCCUGCCAAUCUUUACUCAAGAACAAAGGAAAGAUCUAACAUAUACUGCCAAACUGAUAAUUUUUCCGGUGUGGAGUUUUCUGGACACUUGUCAAGUGGGCGUUCCGUUGGUAAAAAGCUUAAUGCAGAAAUUGGUAAUCAGCUGGAUUCAGCUCCAACUUUCCAUGGUGGCAGAAAUGGGCAAAGUUUGAGAAGAACUAGCAAUCAAGCUGGGUCUGACUCUCAUUCACCACAUAUUGAUUCACAUUAUAUCGAGUACUUGCAGAAAACUUACGAUUAUGCAAUGCACGAUUAUCUUGGCACUUCACUUGCUUAUGGAGAGUUGCAAGACUAUCAGAAAGCUUAUCUCGAGACACUGUCUGCUCAAAAGAAAAAUCAGAGUGAGACACCACUUUUAUGCCAAUCUGGCAUUUUGAAUCACGAAUAUUAUGUGAAUCCACCUUUUGGUCUUGCCAUUCCAUACCAAGGAAACCAAAUGGCUGAGACUGUGCUUCCAUCUCGUGGAUCUGGGGGUCCAACAUUGCAGAAGGACCGGAUUUCGCCCCAUAAUUCUGUGUUCAGAAGUUCACUGGGAGGUUCUAAUGGGUCAUGGCAUUCAGAUUUUGGAACUAACAUGGAAGGUGUACUUGUAUCUUCUUUAUUAGAAGAGCUCAAGAACAAAAAGACAAGGUCUUUGGAACUUUCAGACAUCGUUGAUGAUGUAGUUGAAUUCAGUAUGGAUCAGUAUGGGAGUCGCUUUAUUCAACAGAAGCUAGAAACUGCUUCAGUGGAAGAAAAGACAAAGAUAUUCCCAAAGAUUGGUCCUCAUGCUCGUGCUUUGAUAACUGAUGUCUUUGGGAAUUACGUGAUACAGAAAUUUUUUGAGCAUGGCACAGAGGUUCAAAGAAAGGAGUUAGCUAACCAACUUACUGGGCACGUGUUGCCUCUCAGUCUUCAAAUGUAUGGCUGCAGAGUUAUUCAGAAGGCCUUGGAAGUGGUUGAUGUAGAACUUCAAACCCAGAUGGUAUCAGAGCUGGAUGGUUCCGUCAUGAAAUGUGUUCGUGACCAGAAUGGUAAUCAUGUUAUUCAGAAGUCCCUAGAACGUGUCCCGCAAGAUCGAAUACAAUUCAUUAUCUCAGCCUUUUUUGGCCAAGUUGUGGGACUUUCCACUCAUCCUUAUGGUUGCCGUGUGAUUCAGAGGGUUCUGGAGCACUGCGAUGAUCCAAAGACACAACAAACUAUCAUGGACGAAAUUAUGCAUUCAGUAGAUAUUCUGGCACAAGACCAAUAUGGAAAUUAUGUGAUUCAGCAUGUCCUGCAACAUGGUAAACCACAUGAACGAUCUGCUAUUAUUAGCAAGCUAGCUGGACAGAUAGUGAAGAUGAGUCAGCAGAAGUUUGCCUCUAAUGUCGUUGAGAAGUGCUUAACUUUUGGUGGUCCAGCUGAGCGUCAGCUUUUGGUGAAUGAGAUGCUUGGUUCAUCAGAUGAAAAUGCGCCCUUACAGGCCAUGAUGAAGGAUCCUUUCGGAAACUACGUUGUGCAGAAGGUUCUUGAGACCUGUGAUGAUCAGAGCCGUGAAUUACUUCUCUCUCGCAUCAAGGUCCACUUGAAUACACUGAAGAAGUACACUUACGGUAAACAUAUUGUUUCACGUGUUGAAAAGCUUAUAACCACUGGAGAGAGGUGUAGCGGGUCAACAUCCUCGCACUUUUAUUGAGGUAUUCAAGAAGCAUAUUUUGUACAGCUAACAUGGAAGGUGACUCGGAUUAAUCAACUUGAGCUAUUAUUUUUCUGUAUAGAGCUUCUAAGAGUUGUAAAUAAACGCGGCUCAGUUCACUUGCCUAAAUAAGAUUUGCUUAUCUAUUUCGUUCUGUAUAUUCAGCUCGCGGUUUUGUUAUUCCAUGGUUAAGAGUCGUCUUAGGUUAAGGCUGUAAAGAAACAAUUUGAGUGUAAAUGUCUGCACCGGUAAAGAAAGGUGGAAAUCUAUGAUUUAGACAUGAUGGGUGUAAAUGUGCUGAGAAUUUCUUAAGCAUCUUAGUGUUAUUUUACUGGCC